AUGCCAAAAAAGAGAGCUUCCAACGGUAGAAACAAGAAAGGUAGAGGUCACGUUAAGCCAGUCAGAUGUUUGAACUGUGCUAGAUGUGUACCAAAAGACAAAGCUAUCAAAAGAGUAACAAUCAGAAACAUGGUUGAAGCUGCUGCUGUUAGAGAUUUGUCUGAAGCUUCAGUCUAUCAAGAAUAUGCCAUUCCAAAAUUGUACAAUAAAUUGCAUUAUUGCGUUUCAUGUGCUAUUCAUGCUAGAAUUGUCAGAGUUAGAUCAAGAUCUGACAGAAGAAUUAGAACUCCACCACAAAGAAAGAGAUUCACUUCUGACAGAAAAGUCUCACCACAAGAUGCUGCUAAGAAAGCUAACUAA